GCGGAGUUUGCCAAAAAUGGGAAGACAACCUUGUUGUGACAAGGUCGGAUUGAAACGAGGUCCAUGGACAAUUGAGGAAGAUCACAAACUCAUGAACUUUAUUCUCAACAAUGGUAUCCAUUGCUGGCGAAUGGUUCCUAAGCUUGCAGGAUUGCUUAGAUGUGGGAAAAGCUGCAGAUUAAGAUGGAUCAAUUAUUUAAGGCCAGACCUCAAAAGAGGUUCUUUUACAGAAACAGAAGAGAAUCAAAUCAUUCAACUCCAUUCAUGUAUUGGCAACAGGUGGUCUAAGAUUGCUUCCCAUUUUCCUGGUCGCACAGAUAAUGAAAUCAAGAACCAUUGGAAUACCAGAAUCAAGAAGAGGUUAAAGCACCUUGGUGUAGACCCUUUGACCCACAAGCCCAUUGAGCAGAAAGAAAACAUUGAAGAAAAUAAACAGACAAUUACUCGAGAAGAUUCAAGUUCAUCAAUAUCACAAGGACAAGAAGAGUCACAAGACAGUGGCUUGGAGGCUAAGCUACAGCAGGAUGGUAAUGGCAAUAGAGGGUUUCCAGAAUUCAAUGACAAAUUGCAAAAUGUACCAGAGUUAGCAGGUUUCGAUGAGACGAACGAUCUUUUGAAAAAUUACGAAAUGUUUUGUGGAAGCUUGGAUUUGGGAACAUUCCUGUUGAACCAAGGAACCAAUAUCAACAACACCAGCACUUCAAAUUCAUAUAGCACUUCUUCAUUCUCUGUGGAAGAGUCUAACAACCCUUCAAUUUCGAUAGGCGAAUCAAUUCAAGAACACUCUCUACAGAAAUGGAUGGACAGUGUGGAUUCAAUGCUCUCAUGGGAUGGCUUCAAUAAUCUGGAACAAGACCUUUUCUUCUUUUGAAAAGUUCCAUUCAUUGAAAAUUAUUAAGUGCCUUUGAGUUAAAUCA